GUUCAUCAAUGACACAGAAUAGUCAUAUUAUUUUCAAAUUGGUGUUCAAAACUUCAAAAUAAAACUAAAACGUUUUUUGUCUAUCGAUUUUUUUAAGAAAAUAUUUUAAGGAAGGAAAAAGCAAUAACAUAACAUUAUGGAAUUCAUCGCACAGUUUCAUCUAAGUCAGUGCUUUAGAAGAAAAUUAUUUUCUUGAUCCUCAUUGAUUUGGAGAAACCAUUAUCCUGAAAAUUUCUGUUCAAUUAUGAAAAGAUAAUUUGUUCAUACUGAAGAAAAGUUAAUUGCUGUAUUUUUCCUGUCACAUCAACUGGCAAUAUGGAAUUCGAAGACGUCUUGAUUGAAGUGGGGGACUAUGGAAAGUAUCAGAGGAACUUGAUUAUGAUUUUCCUGGUCCCCGCUGCAUCCCUACUUCCAUGGUUCUCGAUGAAUGUUCUGUUCAUGGUGUCCGUUCCGGAUCAUUGGUGCAAUGUACCAGAAUUGUCUUCCUUCAAUUUAAGUAUGGAACAACAGAAAUCCCUUAUUGCCCCACCUGGGGAGCAUUGUUUGAGAUAUGACCUUAAUUUCACGGAUAUUUUGGACUUUGGAAAUUAUUCGGUACCUAAUGGAUCGACGACUCGACCAUGCGAUCAAGGUUGGGAAUAUGAUCAGACCUACUGGGACUCGACUGCAUCGACUAAGUGGGAUAUGGUUUGCGAUGAUGCUCAUUAUAAUAGUUUCGUCCUGACCAUGUACAACGUUGGAAGCAUUAUUGGAACGCCAAUUUAUGGUUCUUUAUCAGACAAAAUUGGGCGCCGAAUCACAUUUUUCAUCACCAUAAUAGUAACAGCCAUCUCAGCAAUCUCAUCAGUGCUCAUGGAAGAUUUUACAGCUUUCGUAGUUAUCAAAACCAUCAAUGGAAGCCUCAUGCCAUCUGUUUUCCAGUUACCCUAUAUUAUAAUUCUAGAAAUUGUAGCUCCGGAAAUGAGGACACGCAUGAAUGGUAUUGUCAACAUCUCUUGGACGGUUGGACUCUGCUUUUUGCCUCUAUUAGCAUACUUUUCUCGCAGCUGGGUUACUCUGGGUCUUCUUACUUCUUCAGUGACGCUUAUUUUCUUCCUGUAUUACACUUUCCUUCCAGAAUCACCUCGUUGGUUGGUGUCUCAAGAAAGGUAUGACGAAGCUGCAACAAUUUUAUACCAGAUUGGUGAGAAGAAUAAAAAAGUCGUUGAAAAGAAUGAACUGGUUCAAAAAUUACAGAAACUGGGAGAAAGGAUGAAGAAAGAAAAGACUGUCGAUAAAGUUGAAAAUUCUUCUUUGGAUUUACUGAGAUAUCCCCAACUCAGAAAGAAAUUCAUCAUCAUCACUUUCUGUUGGAUGGCGAACAUCAUGUCGUAUUACGGACUUCAGCUAAAUAUCUCUAAUUUGGCUGGAAAUGAAUUCAUUAAUUUCUUUCUCCUGGGUAUUGCGGAAGUUCCUGGUUAUUUGAGCAGUUGGUUCUUCAUGGAACGUUUUGGCCGACGCUGGUGUUCCGUGGCAGGCUUCUUGCUUACCGGAGUUGUAUGCAUGAUGUCAGCUAUUGAAUUCCCUCACAAUGACAUCAUCUGCUCCAUGCUCGGAAAAUACUUUGCAGCUCUGACAUUUAUGGCCACUUACCAGCAGAGUUCCGAAUUGUAUCCUACUGUGGUAAGGUCUCUUGGAAUGGGCAUGAGUAGCACAGUGGCCAUGUUAGUCACUCUCAUAGUUCCAUACAUAGUCUAUCUUAGUAUUUAUGGCAAGGCCAUCCCUUUCAUCAUCAUCGGCAUGUCAGGUAUCGUCGCAGGAAUCAUGGCUGCAUUCUUACCAGAAACUCUUAAUGAGAACCUGCCUCAAAGUAUCAACGAUGCGGAGAAGUUUGGAUUGAAUCAGAAGUUUUUCUCUUGGAACAGACGAAAACAUUCUAUUAGUCGAGAAAGAGCUGCUUCGAUUGGAUUUAAAGUCAAACCUGAUGGCACAGGGGAUGGCGAUAAUGAAUCAAAAGUCUAUAGAUCCUCGCAAAUUCUACAAAAUGUCGAAUUUGUUCCAGGAUCGGAGACCACAUGCGUUUCCGUCGAUUCAGUGAACAUUCUGAAUGGUGGAUCCCACAAUAUGAGAAAAAGAAAUUCAGCUGACAGUUCCACUAAAGAAUCCUAUGGAAUCGGCACUGUUCCUAAUGGGUUGUCCAGGGAUUCAGACAAGCAAAACAAAGAUUCUACAAUGCCAAGUGCCCAAGAGCUGAGGCAAAAUGCUAAUGACAGUAAGAGUAAUAAAGUAGAAGAAUCGUCAACAAGCGUAGCAAACGAGGAAGGGUUUCAGAAUAAAGCUCCAGAUCAAUCUGGACAGGACUCCAACGAGAAAUUUUCAUAUGUAAAUAUGGUAUUUGAUAACAAUGAUGCCGUUGGUACCAAAAAUGAUGAUGUAGUAAUCAGAGAUGGAAAGAGUGGAAGCGUUCAUUCUGAAUAUGAUAAUACCUCUAAGAUUGAUGUGUAGAAAUCAAGUAUUUAAUCCUUCCAUACAAUAAAACUGAAGAAAGCAGUGCACAUAUUUUAGCUUAGGAUGGAUUUAGAAAGUAUGAAUAUCUGAAAAUAAUCUCAGUUUUUAGUGGGUGAUAAUUAAAAGAGAUUAAGCUGUGUUUCAGAAUAAAUUAGAAAGGUAUAUUUGAGGAUAGAUUUCUAAGUAAUGAUACACGGAAGGAUUGAAUGUUGAUUAAGUAAAAGUAGUUGGGAAAGGGUGAUGGAUUAGAUCCAUAACGGAUUGUAUUCAGUUGUAUUCAAAUAUAAAACCAAAGCCUGCUAAUUUUGAAAAAUGUUUCAUUUUUAAAAAGAGAUUUAUUUUUAAUGUAUAGUUUGUUAUUUUUGUUGUGUUCGUAUGCUAUGUUUAAACUGUCAUUUUGCAUUUCAUUCAGUUUUAAUGAGAUUAAUCAAUAAAAAUUAAUACUUGAAAAUCCCUUUUAUUAAUACCAAAUAUAAUCACUUUUGUCCGCACAAUUCAAAACCAGUUUUGGAAACUCUAAUGCUCAUUUGGAUUUGUAAGAUUGCUGGAUAAUGAAUUGCUGUUAAAUCAUAGGACGGAAAAAAAUGUAACUAUUUAAUAUUAUUAUUAUUUUCGUUUGAAUACCUUCUGAAAUGUCAUUUUGUUUCAAUGAAGAAUCUUUAUAAAUUCUGAAUGUUCUUUGAAUCAUUAAAUCUGCGAUCUCAUUUCAUAUUUAGGAAGUAACGCAUUUUUACUUACCUGUAUGUUGCGAAUAUUUCCUUGUAUAUUAUGAAAUAAAUAUUAGUUAUAAAUUGCAUACUUUAUCUUAACAGCAUUUCCAUGGAAUAUAUCUUUAUGAUCAGAAACGAGCUUUAUAUUUGUCUAUAUUUUUGUUUAUUUCAUUGCAUAUAUUUUCGUAAAACAGUUUAAGAAACUGAAUUCUUGACUGUCGAAUUUUAUUCAUUAAUAUGAAGCAUUUCAAUUAUCAAUUCUGAUUACACAUCUCUUAGAUAUUUAUUCUUAAUCUCUAAUAAAAUUUGUAUUCAUAUUUUAUAAAGAAUUUUAACUUUGCUUCGUGUAUAUACAAAGAUAAUUAAUGUAAUUUGAAUGCAUAUAAUAAUUAUUCUUUAUAUUAUUUUAAUAUUUGAAAACAAAUUUGCUAAAAAAAUACUAAAAUUUGACUAUACGGCUUUGUAUGAAAAAAAUAUAUGCUUUUGUUUGAAAGCUGUAUUCUUUUAAUUUAAGAAAUAUAAUUCACUGAAUGUCCUCAAAGCUAAUGUACCUACUUUUUAAAAUU